AUGGAUUCAGGUGCACCCCGAGUAUAUGGCACACGCAUUGAAGGCUGGCUUGCCGAUACAUCGGAUCCAUUUGUGAGCAAAUCGUCACUAGCGCCAGAACCACUUGCCAUUCCAAAGAAGUCGCCGAAGGGCAAGGUCUCGCCAGCUGGUCCCCGCGAAGCCCGCCAGGUUUCCUCGAAAACGAGCAGCGACGGGCAGACCGAGCCAUCAAAUCCAAGCGCUGAGCGCACUCAAACCGAGGAGCUUAUCGAUCAAUCCAUUGACGAAUGGUCCGACGUGUCUCCAAGUGUGACAUCUACACUGAAGCGAAGCGGUGCUAGGCGCACCGUUCGUUAUUCUAACAAGAGUCGCAACGUAACUAAUACGCGCGACCCAGCAGACACGCCCGUCCGCAGCAACAGGGCGCUGAGCACACCCCACAAGUUGACAACACGAGACUCGCCAGCAUCCCGACGAGAGACUUCACGUAGCAAGCGUCACCCAGCAGAACAGUCUGAGCUCAUCUCGGUGCUAUCAUUGCCUCAACAUGAUGCCCCAGGCAUCAAGUCUGCACGAAGCCUUCGGGCCAGCCGACGAGCCAAAGCACCCACCACAGCAGGAGAGCUGAUGAAUGAGGUCUCCAAGGAUGAAAUGAAAUAUCAGCGCGAGCUUCGGACGCUCGUUGAUGGUGUCAUCCCGGUGUUGCUACAGUAUGCACUUGCUGGAGACGGUUCGGCUGAUCGCGCACGUGUCUUCACCCAGUCGACAAUCACGGCAGAAGUCACGAAGCCCAUCGUUGACAUGGGCAUUGCGCUUGAAAGGCUCAAGAAUGCUCAUCGACGAAUUCCAAUGCACGAGCCAGGCGAUCUUGUUGCCUGGGCGGAGAGCACGGCCAAAGUCUACGAUGACUACAUCGCGUCUUGGCGCAUGGGCUUCAAGAAUAUCGUGGUCAAUCUUGCUCCGGCGGACAAGACUGUCACUGACAAAGAUGCGUCAACCUGGGACGAGGGCAUUCCCCGCAAUGAGGACGGGGACUUGGUCGGCCGUGAUGGUGAGCGGGUUGAUGUCGCUCAUCUACUGAAGCGACCACUUGUUCGCGUCAAGAACCUAUCAAAGGCACUCGCGAACUUGCACCAGAUUAAGCCUGAUCCAAGGACUGAUGACAUGGCGAGUCAGUAUCAAACCCUCGUCGGCAAGGCAAAAGAUCGUGUGAGCAGCGAGCACGCACGACUCGAGGACGAAGCCGCAGCCAAUAUUGAUCCCUCAAGAGCGCGCGAUCCAAGGAGCCUAGCACCAAUAACAGGUGUGACAAUCGACUCUUCUAGAUGUGUACGCGCUCGAGACUAUUUCGAUAUGGAUCUAGUCCACUCAAGUGGCCAACAACUCUGCUGCAAGAUUGAGGUCAUUUAUCGCGAUGAUGCGCCUGAUCGUGGAAACAAUGGCGACAUCUUGUUCUGCGAGGUAUCGGCCUCCGGGAGGUGGUUGUUGUUCCCACCCUUACCACUCACUCUGGUCACGGCUCGCAAAGGGGAAAGAACAGGCGAGCUUGUCGUCAUGAUCCGGGGUUUCUUGGCCAGUGCACAACAAUGGCGCGAAGUCAUGGUCAUCCGAGCGGAUGAAGAGCAGACCAGUGUUGAUUGGCUGCAAAUGCUCGGCUCAUCACCAAUGCCACCUGCGCGAAUAUCGCGAAAGUCGAGCUUCAACGUUCGGAAAUCCGCCCCUCUUCCCAAGUCCGAAACAAGGCGGGCAAUCACGGAUCCCAUUACUGAAGAAUUGAAUGAGCCAUCACAACGCGAGCUCGAGGUGCCGAUUGGUGUCCGACCCAGAUACGCAUCUUCAGUCUGGGAUGGCAGUGAAGUCAACAGCGUCCACAAUGAGCGGACACCGAUCAAAAUGCAGAGGAACCGGCCAAGCCGGUACAAGAGCACGUCAAACUCUCCUAACCGUGUGGACAGCCCCACUACCACGGACAGUGAGUGCACUACUCAACCAGACUAUUAUUAUGAGCAACCACGUCAUCAGCGCCCCGGAUCGAGUCCAGCCAAGCGUCCUGUUUCCAGCUACACGCGUUCGCACUCGGAAUGGACGAGUUCAACUGGGAGCUCGCGGACACAAGACUACAGUGUAUGGAUGCCUGAAUCGCAAAUUUCAGAUGACUCCAGCGCCGAAGAAGAGGAUCUUCGUAGAACACGAAACCGCGCCAGUCCAGAGUCUCGUCGACGAAGAUCUUCGGUGCCUUCUCAAGACAUUCCUAACAUACCAAAGCUCCGCCCAUCUGCUACAGAGCAGCCUAUGAAGGCGAGCACACCUCUACGUUACCAUGGUGCUCGCCGACGCGACACGGAAACAAUGAAGGACGAACUGCCAACCCCCGCGUCUGCACCAUCCAAACUACAAAAGCGCGCCCCAACACCACCGGAAGUGCAGAACAAGCCUCAACCGUCGUCUACGACACGUCCGCUGUCUUUCGGUCUGAAGUCGAGCGUGAUUCCUGCAUUGACACCUGGAUUCUUGAGGAAAAGCCGACGCCCAUCUUCGCCACUCAAGCACGAAUAUGCCCCCUCAUCCGAUUCCGACUCAUUGUCGGAUAGUGACAUAUCCGACCUAAGCGAUGAACAUUCCGUGACAUCGGGCUCUGUCACUGGUAGAGAUGAAGAGGCCAUCUCCACAAUUGGCGACUUGAAAGCCUUCCAUCAGUACGCUAUGCGUCCAGUCACUCAAUCUUAUGCGCCGGGCCCAGCCCUGAAGAAUGCUGCCGCUGAUGACAGCUCGUUGUCCGAGGUGGCUGCGCCUACUCCCGCCUAUCGAAAUGUGCCGCCGCCUUCUGUGCGCCCCGCUACGAGCACAGCAAGUAUAUUCUCUUGGGCUGAUCGUGGAGCGUGGGAAAGCUUGCACCCUGAAGAAUGCAGCAUCUUUGUCUCCCCGGGCUUGAUUGAGGCUUAUGAUAUCGCCCAAGCCCAAGCCGUGAUGUCUGAAGACAAGGACGGCAUUAUUACAACGCCAUCCUCAAAGGGCGUCAAGCCAUUAGUUGCGCUUGAGCUCACACCACUCGUGCCGCUGCGCCGUGGCACCGCAGUAGACAUUUCCAUCCGCUCCCCGCCCACACCUGGCUCUCUCCUCCGGGCAGGGAACAACGUCAUGUUCCGCUCGCGAAAUCCCGAAGACUGCGAGAGGCUUUACGCCCUGAUCAACAGGGCACGCAUCGACAACCCGACUUACAUCGCACUCCAAAAAGCUCGAGGUCCAACACAGCAAAGCAACUGGGGCGAGGUCAUGGAUCGUCGCCCUGCCGCUCGUCCAAGCAGUGGCUCAUGGUGGAAUCUAGGCUCACGAAAGAGCAGCACCUACCGUUCCAAUGGCAGCAGACCGAUGUCCAUAGCAGCGACCGAGUCAUCUGUUGGCACCAUGAACAGCGCCUUUUCCGCAUUGCGCCGAUUUAGCAGCGGCAAUCGCAUCUGGAAUAUCGCCAAAAGCACAAUCACCUCGCAAGAAGGUACGCGCAGCUCCAACAGCGAAACAAUUUCAUCUGGCUUCGCGACGCCAGUAACACUAGACCCUCGUUUGGGCACCCCAAUAGGCAUCACAAAUGCCAAAAUCCGCUUGUACAUCAGAGAAUCUACACACAAAUGGCGCGAUCUUGGAUCUGCUCGAUUGACGGUCAUGCUCCCACCACAGCAGGAUCCCACUGUCGCUGCCAACCCGAAGACCACAGGCCUGGAGAAGCGCGUUCUCAUCUACGGGAAACAUCAGAACGAGGUCUUACUAGAUGCGACAUUGGGCGAGCAAUGCUUCGAGCGCAUCGCCCGCACUGGAAUUGCUGUGAGCGUGUGGCAAGAGAAUACGGGCCCGAACGGCGAGGUCGGAUACGCAGAAGCAGUUGGCGGCGUUGGCAGCGCAAAGUCCCGUGUGUUCAUGGUUCAGAUGAAAUCUGAACGUGACGCGGCUUACACUUUCGGCAUGGUGGGCAAGCUGAGGUAUUAA